GUGCGGCCGCAGCACGCGCGUGUGCGCCGCUGAUAACACAAUCUGUACGUCAGACGCGCCGCUUCUGCACGAGCUGUUUAAGGACACGUCACGAGGAGGAGCUCCUGCUUGCGCACGAAAAUAAAACAAACAAAACAAAAACAAAAAAAAAAAAAAAACAGCGAAGGGCCACACCCACGAAUUGUGCGUGAAUUCGCCCUUUUAAAGUUUUGCCAAUGACUGUUGGCUCAGCGGUGAAUGAGGAGCUCGAGACCGCAGCUGGACGGCGGCAGCAGCGAUGGCGUCCGGGGCCGGCAUCUUCUCCGAGGAGCCCACAGACAAGAGAGACAUUGACCAGAAGGUGUUUGUAACCAGGAGUGUGGCAAUGGAGAACAUCAAGUGCUAUGGCUUUGACAUGGACUACACACUCGCACUGUAUAAGUCUCCUGAUUACGAGAGCCUGGGCUUUGAGCUGAUGAGAGACAGGAUGGUGUCUGUUGGAUACCCUCAUGAGGUUCUCCGCUACACAUAUGACCCCAGCUUCGCCACUCGUGGAUUAGUACUUGACACCACAUAUGGAAACCUCCUGAAAGUGGAUUCCAACGGGAACAUUCUGGUCUGCAGUCACGGCUUCCGCUUCCUCAAAGGGCAACAAAUUCAGAACUACUACCCCAACAAGUUCAUCCAGAGAGGAGACACAGAUCGCUUCUACAUCCUCAACACUCUUUUCAAUCUAUCAGAGACUUAUCUCUACGCCUGCCUGGUGGACUUCUUCACUCGAUGCAGCCGAUACAUAAAGUUGCACAAAGGUUACCAGCACGGCGACCUCUUCAUGUCCUUCAGAAGCAUGUUCCAGGAUGUUCGCGACGCAAUGGACUUCAUUCAUGACAUGGGGAUCCUGAAAGAUCGAACCAUCAAAAAUUUGGAUAAAUACGUCAUCAAAGAUCCAGAUCUUCUUGUACUCUUGAACCGGGUUAGAGAGGUGGCAAAAGUCUUUCUUGCCACAAACAGUGACUUCAACUACACUGAGGCCAUCAUGAAAUACCUGCUUGAAAGUAACAUCAAGCCUGGCAGCCCGAAAGUGCCCUGGCGCUCCUUCUUCGACCUCAUCGUUGUGGACACCAGAAAGCCGCUCUUCUUUGCAGAAGGAACUGUACUGAGACAAGUGGACACGAACACGGGGAAGCUUCGGAUUGGGACGUACACCGGAGACCUCCAGCAUGGCACAGUGUACUCUGGAGGAUCCUCAGAUGUUAUCUGUGAUUUACUUGGCGUCAAAGGUAAAGACAUUCUCUACGUGGGAGAUCACAUUUUCGGCGACAUCCUCAAAUCCAAGAAGCGUCAGGGCUGGAAGACGUUCCUGGUCGUACCAGAGCUCUCCAGGGAGCUGCAGCUGUGGGAGGAGAAGAAAAAUGUCUUUGACGAGCUGAAACGUCUUGAUGUCUUCUUGGCGGAAAUAUAUAAGUCCCUGGACAGCGGCCGCCGAGCUGCUUCAGACAUCGACAUCGGCGCCAUUCAGACGAGAAUGAAGGUGCUGACAUACAGGAUGGACAUGUCGUACGGCCAGAUGGGCAGCCUCCUGCGCAGCGGCUCCAGACAGACGCUGUUCGCCAGCCAGCUGAUGCGCUAUGCUGAUCUCUACUCCUCCACCUGCAUCAACCUGCUGCGCUACCCCACCAAUUACCUCUUCAUGGCUCCUCCUGUCCUGAUGCCCCACGAGGCAGUUACCCAAAGCACUGUGGAGUUUCCCUCACCGGAAAAUAUUGUCACCAAAAACGCUCUCUAGAUGACAUAGAAGACAUUUCUGUGUAUUAGGUAAAAGUCAAAUCUUCGACACAUAAGGCUGCACAUAAAACAUGAGGACACAGCAAAGGAAUCGUCUUCUCCAUCUCAUGAACAGUUAAGGAAGGAUGAAGGUGACUGUUUGGACACAUGACAGCUCCUGUGCAGCCAUGUUGAACAUCCUUUACCAAAUGCCAACUCGCUCACUGCUCCACCUGCAGGAUGAGCAUCGCUAUGCCAUCUGCUUUUUACAUAUCAAGACAUUACAGUUCCAACGUGCUGAAAACUUAAAUGAAGUAGAAUCCAUCUCAGGAGAAGUAGAAGAAUAUAUGAGUGACUGUGUUUAUACACCAAGUGGUAGACGACUGAUGUCAGGUUUGUGUGGUGAACUUUGUUUUGUUUUGUAGAAUUUAUUUGACUUUUUUGUGCAACUUCAGUCGAAUAAUUUCAAUAAACUGUUUAUAUUUGUUUACA